CCCUUCAAGAUGCAGAAGCUCUGGUCCAAGAUGCUAAUAAAAUGGCCCCUUUGGAAGCAGUAUUCUUCGCAUCAGUGGAAACAAUUGGCAAAAAAGCCCAUUAUAUGGACUUGGCAACUCGAAAACUCAACCCAAAUAUUCAUCUUGUGAGUAUAUUCUCCGGCGGUCUUAAAGAAUGUGAAUCAAGACGAUUUGCAGGAUCACCCGCAGUUGUAUUUCAUGGCAAUAGAUCAACCCAUAAACUAUCUGCAGUUUUACCUCUCAUCGACGAUGUUCUGUCGCAAUUCGACAAUAGCAAUUCGCCUACUCUUUAUCGUUUCAAAAAUACAGAAAACAAAACUGCCGAGUCAGCGUUGAGAUAUUAUUUACCUCACGAUAUUAGUAUAUUGGAGGAAAUCGCUGAUGAUUUAUCGGAUAAAUUGGAAUUCGUCGAAGUUACUACAAAAACGCCUCGAUAUUCGAGUCUAAAGGACUGCUUCCCAAUUUUUAUAAUUUCCACUCUUGGCCCUAAGCCAUUGCAAAGUUUGCUGUCAAAUCUUAUGAGCCCAGCUUUUUGCUCUAACACUGGAACGAGUAAAUUUUCCAUAAAAGAAUCAGCUUCAAAGUUAUACGAAUCUCUGAAUAGCAUCCAAAGUAAAGCAGGAGUUACUCUCUUAUCGGAAACGUGGGCUACUUCGAUAGCUUUCGAAUUGAUAAAACUACUGGAUGAGGAUAAAAGAAAAUAUCGACUAUUUACUUUGGAAGGUAAUCCACUCACUUGGAAGGAUCGUAUAAGAAGUCUUGGCCCAAUGGAUUCGAGUCAAUUUGAAAAUAAUUUAAUCGCUGAGUUAUUUAAUAUUAACCCCGAAAUCCGUUUGGAUACUUUACUAGGAGUGAAUAAACCAUUACCUCAAAAAAUAUCAGAUUAUUUGUACAGUCAAAAUUACCCAUCCAUUAAUAUUUUCAGUAUUUUAAAAAUACUUGAAUCCAUUCAGUUUGGAUUAGAAAUGAUUUCCAAAUAUGAAUACAAUGACGAAUUCAUCAAAAAUACUAUCUUUUUGCUACAAAAUCCAAACGAAAAUAAACCAUUGCGGAUUUCUGUCACGAGUGAAGUGUUUGUUUAUGAAGAAGAAAAUUAUCAGAAAUUUUUAAGCAGUUAUGAAGUUUCGAAGAAAAUAAAUGGCGAUAUUCUGUACACUAUUAUGGUAUGA